CAGAACUGCCGCUUACCACAAUCCGGAAGACGGUGCAGCAUGACUGAGCUGUGGCUGGAGCGGAGUCGAGGUCAAGGUUACAGUGAUCCUAAAUGUUCAUAGAAACAAAACCUGAUGAACCUGUGGGUUACGCUGUAAAAUAGGCGUCGGCCACUGUCUGCUUUAUGAGUCAGAGCUAAAACAGUUCGGCGUCGCGUUUUGGACUCCAGGUCCAUGAUUACAUACCGCCGCUUUUCCAGGUAUCCGAACUGGCGUAGCUCACCGUAAAGUGGUCCGGAGACACCAUGGGAAAUGGAAUGAACAAGGUUGUUGAUGGCCUCUACCUGGGCAACAUCAGAGAUUCGGAAAACAGAGAAAGUCUCUCCAAAAACGGAAUCACCCACAUCCUUUCUGUGUACAACAAUGCUAAGCCGGUGUAUGAGGACAUUACAUACCUUUGUAUUCAUGCAGCUGAUGCUUCCAGCCAGAACUUACUGCAGCAUUUCAAAGAGUGUAUCGCCUUCAUCCACGAGUGUCGCCUCAACGGUGGAGCCUGUUUGGUUCACUGCCUUGCAGGUGUGUCACGCAGUACCACCAUGGUGGUGGCCUACCUGAUGACCGUCACCCACUGCAGCUGGGAGGAGUGUCUCUCUGCAGUCAAAGCUGUUCGCUCAUUUGUCGGCCCAAACUAUGGCUUCCAGCAGCAGCUGCAGGAGUAUGAGAACACAAAAGUCUCAGAGUACCGAGCAUGGCUUCAGUCCAGUUUCCGUGCCAGUCCGUUCAGUGACCAGCAGCAGGUGGAAGCUCUGUUGAACCAGUACGCUGAGCAGCAGGAGAGCCAGGGGAGAGGGGUGGACCACCGCUGGAUGAACCGGGGAGUAGUCACCGAUGACCCUGGAGGCAGCAGCUGAAACCUCUGCUUUCCAUCUAAAUUUAUGCCCAGGGCCACCUGGAACUACUGCUCUGUGCACAAAUGAACUCCAAAACAUUAGAGCUUUUUGGAAAAUCCUAAAAGCAAAGAUUACAGAAAUAUAAUUUUUUUUUGUCAGCUUUUUUUAAGUCCUGGAUAUUGAUUUAGAAAUGUUCCACAGACUUUAAUUCCUAAUAUCACCAAGCACUGCCUCUACAGAGGGUUUUGGUGCUCACAGACGCCUUAUGAUAAACACCCUAGCACUUUAGCCAUACUGAGUAAUAUAAAUGUUUCUUUGUUUUCUUCUUGUUAUCAUUGACUCCGCAACCUUAAAGUUAUGAUUAAUGCUGUCUUAAUUGUAAGAUGUUUCUCUGUAAAAAAAAAAAUCAAAUACUCAAGUUUAACCAAAAUGUUUUAUUUUUACAUGCACUAGUUUGAGGUUCUCAGAAGUAAACUGGAGCUUUUGAGGUUAGUGUAUGUGAUGGAAAUAUUUUACUAGGUUCAUCUGGAUAAAAAAAGAAGAGGAACAUUUAUUUUAUUUGAUCACACCACCCCCACCAAAAUCCCGUACCUGGACCCAGCUGUGAAACUUCCUGACCCUGGUGUAAAUAAUGACGAUUUCACAAACUAGGUGAGCCGGGGAUCCCACAAACUCCGACUUUCCCCGCUGAGAAGUUAACUUUAUGCGCAUCAUCAGGCUGUAGGCGGGGAAAAAAACCAACAGCCAAACAAUAAAGCCCAAAGGUGACAUUUGGUAAUGGAUUUCUUUAAUUGCCCCAUAUAAUAUAUGGUGGUUUGAAAACACUGAAAAUGUUUUAACAUUUACAAAAUGUUAUUUGGGGUAAAAUAAACUCCAUGAAGUUUGAAGAGUAAUUACCCUCUAUUUUCCAAACACCUGUCUUCCUUUUAAUUUAUCUUUUUUAAGUUCCUGCAGAAUUUUAUGGGACUCUUGUUAAAUCUGUGUUUUAAUGGUGUGUUUAUGAUUCAUUUUGUUGUUGUAUUUUAUAAAGAAUUGCCUAAUUGCAAAUAAAUCUGAACCUUUGGGACA